AUGCCGGAACAAAUCACUCUCUACACCGCCAAAGUUUGCCCCUUUGCUCAAAGGGCGGAAAUCGCUCUUGCGGAAGCCAAGGCCCCUUACACGCGGUAUGAGAUCGACCUUCAGAACAAGCCCGAGUGGUACGCGCCGCAGGUUAAUCCUGCGAGCAAGGUCCCCGCCAUUACGUACGGUGGCCCUUCGGUUCCUCCUGACCAGCCUUCCCCCGAGUCCGUCAAGCUCGCGGAGUCACUCGUCCUCGUCGAGUUUAUCGGUGACCUGUUCGCCGAGUCAGGCAUCCUCCCCAAGGACCCCGUGAAGCGCGCUCAGGCCCGUUUCUUUAUCGAGGGCGUCUCGAGCAAGCUCUUCCCUGCCUACUUGUCCUUCAUUGUGAAGAACAGCGGCUCCGAGGAGGACCUUAUCAAGGCUCUCGAGUAUCUUCAGUCUCUCCUCCCCCCUGAGGGCUUCGCGGUCGGCGAGCACUCCCUCGCAGACAUUGCGAUUGCGCCGUUUCUUGGGCGUGCCCGGAUCUUCCUUGUGAACAACAUCGGCAAAGAUCCGACUGCAAGUGAAGGCGCGAAGAUUUGGGACACGAUUACUACGGGAAAGUUCGCACGCCUUGGGAAGUACAUCGAUGAUCUUUUCCAACGCGAAAGUUACAAGGCGACUUUUGAUGAGGAGGUCAUCACUGCGAGGUUCAGGAAGCAUUUUGCCCAGGCGUCGUGAGUAGUUGAACGAUCUGAUGUACGAUCAUGGUGGUUGGUAGUGCAGAGAACAUAAGGUGACCC